AUGGCGUGUACCAGUGGCAUGUCUCUGAGAGCAAUGGAGAAGUCACUGAUUGCUUCUAAUGGCUUCCUUCGCUCUUCAGGCACCGUGUCUCACCGCCUUGUGACGUCAGCGCCGUUGCCGCGGCAGCGGGUGUCGCGGCUGGUGACGGAGGCGAAGGUGCGCGAGAUCUUCAUGCCCGCGCUCAGCUCCACCAUGACGGAGGGCAAGAUUGUCGCGUGGUCCAAAAGCGAGGGCGAGAGCGUGAGCAAGGGCGAGUCGGUGGUGGUGGUGGAGUCGGACAAGGCGGACAUGGACGUGGAGACGUUCUACGACGGUAUCAUCGCCACCAUCCUCGUGGGAGAGGGCGAGGUGGCGCCUGUGGGUGCAGCCAUCGCCAUCCUGGCAGAGAGCGAGGAGGAUCUGGAGGCCGCCAAGAAGAAGGCCGCCAAGCUCGGCUCUUCUGACGGCGCCGCCGCUGCUGCUCCUGCUGCUGCGCCCGCUGCCCCUGCGCCUGUUGCUGCUGCCGCCCCCCCUCCCCCGCCCCCUGCGCCUGCCGCGCCUGCUACCCCUGGGAAGGUGGUUGCGACGCCCGAGGCAAAGAAGCUGGCGAAGAAGCACAAGAUUGACCUAGCCAAGGUAGCGGGCUCAGGUCCCUAUGGCCGAAUCACCCCCGACGACAUUAAGAAAGCAGCAGGCAUCGCAACCGCCCCGGCUCCCACUAUCGCCGCUCCUGCGCCUGCUGCCGCCGCUCCUGCUCCUGCCGCUCGUGCUGUUGCUGCGUCUGCAGCGGCGGCAGCGCCGCUGCCAGCGGGGGCGUCAGUGGUGGCGUUCACGGCGAUGCAGGGGGCGGUGGCGAGGAACAUGGAGGCCACGCUCGUUGUGCCCACCUUCCGUGUCGGUUACACCGUUACCACCGACGCCCUCGACGCGCUUUACAAGCGGGUGAAGGGCAAGGGAGUGACCAUGACGGCGCUGCUGGCCAAGGCAAGUGUGAACGUGGCGGUGGCUGUGGCCAUGGAUGGCGGGCUCAUCACCCCGGUUCUGAAGAACGCGGACCAGACGGACCUGUUCACGAUGUCAGGGCAGUGGAAGGAGUUGGUGGGCAAGGCACGGAGGAAGGCCCUGAGCCCAGGCGACUACAGCGGAGGAACCUUCACGCUGUCCAACCUGGGCAUGUUUGGAGUGGAUCGGUUUGACGCCAUCCUGCCAAUUGGUCAGGGUGCGAUCAUGGCCGUUGGAUCGUCCAUCCCAACAAUGGUGGCAGAAGAGGAUGGCAGCUUCGGCAUCAAGAGGCAGAUGCAGGUGAAUGUCACGGCGGACCAUCGCAUCAUUUAUGGUGCUGAUCUGGCGGAGUUCCUCCAAACUUUUGCGAAGAUUGUGGAGAACCCGGAUCAGCUCACCUUCCUUACCACGUCACCCCUUCGCACCGCUGCACAAAAAGCAACUCUUCUUCGCUUCGCGCUCCAUUACCUCUUCGAGCUGUCGCUCAAGGUUCAGAUGGCGCCGGCGAUCUCGCACAAGCUCCUAGCGACGUCGCAGAGGCUCGCAGAGUCAACUGGCCGAUCUCCUAUUGGCUGUCGCCGUGAACAGUGCCGAAUCCGCCGCCCAGCUCGUUCCCAUUUUUCAGCUGCCCCUGCCCGGAUGGCCUUCGACUGCCACGUGUCGCUCUCUGAGCUCUCCUCGCUGGGCGGACUGAACCCGGAAAAGUUGAACCUGCCCCAGAAGCUCGCAGCGAAAUGGGGAUGGUGGAAGGAGGGGGCGAAGGCCGUUCAGACGUACACGUUGGUGGAGUCCUGCUGGGAGCGCCGCAGCGCCGACGACAUCUGGUUUGUCAUCCUCGCUCUCGUCAACGCCUACAUCGUCGACGUACCAGCACUGCGCAACCUGCGGGCGGCAGACUCGUCCUCUCUGCAGUGCAUGGUCGGCAACUGCGGACCCAUCAUACUGGAAUGCUUCCUGGACGAGCAGUGCCGCACGGCCAUCAACUGCUUGAAUGAAUGCGGACCCACUGACCAGGUGUGCAGCUAUCGCUGCAUCGUCUCCUACGAGACCCCCAAGUUUGAAGCCUUCUCCCUCUGCGUGCUGCAGAAACAUAACUGCCUCGGCAUGACAGCAGAGAUCCGCGACCACCCCACUGUUCUCCCCCUCACACACCUUCGCGGGCAGCCCGUUACUCACGAGCGGGCAGAAGAUAUUUUUGUUGGGUGGCUCGGGCAGCUGCCCUGGAGCUGGCGGGUGGUGGCCGGGCAGAAUGCUGCAUACGACCAGUUCCCUUGCCAGUUCCAGAUAUUUUACCGAGGCAAGGCGCGAGGCUCGGUGUGGUACGACCCUGUUUUCACGAUCCGCACCCUCGAUGGACGGUCACAAUGGCGCCGCCGCCACUACCGCGUGCGGCGCGGGAAGGUUCCCGGAACCUUCACGUUUACCGUGCUCGACAACGGGGUAAUUUCCGAGGAAUUUUGGCGCAUAGUGGACGUAACAGACGAUUUCCAAUGGGCCUUGUUUUACUACAGUGGCGCUGCCCGGGCGGCAGGGCAGUCGUACACCGGAGCUGUGCUUGUGUCCAAGGACGGCGAGUGGCCCGGACCAGAGCAUGCGGUUCGGCUCAAAGCGGCACUGGAUCGGUGCGGGAUCAAGGAGUGGGAGCUGUACCGGGUUGAUAACUCGUGCUGUGAGAACGCACCCUUGGGACUGCCGGAAGAUGCUCCAGCACCUGUUUCGAUAGCAUGA